AUGGUGUCGGUUCAUCCCUCUUUAGUCCUUGUGAAUGGCUUUGACAGUCAUGUUCACUUGUACCAAAUGAUUGAUGCUAUCGCAAGGAAAGGUGAUCAGGAUUCCUAUCCUAGAUCAGGUAUGAAGCAUGUUGGUGGGGUAGUGAAUUUCUGCGACCCGCAGCAUUUCGACCGGGCACUUCGUUUUAUUCCACUUCUCUUCCAUUUUCAUAUAGCCGUCAGGGUUCAUCCUAAGUGUGUUUCUAUGCUAACGGAUGACGGCUGGGAUAAGUUGGAGUGCCUCUUUGCAUGUCCCCGGGUUACCGCAGUAAGUGAACUGGGUAUUGAUUAUUUUUGUGUAUCCCAGGCCGAGUGGCCCAGGCAGUGGGCUUUUGUAAGAAGGGUUCUGGGUGUGGGUUGCCGCAAUAUGGUACUGGUUCUACACCUACGACCAGCCCAGGGCGAUCCGUAUGGCCAUCACCUGCACAGAGAGUUCAGGGACCUUCUGAGGCAGUACUGUGGGCGUCACCAGCACAUCCACAUCCACAAUUUCACUGGUGACGCUCAAGAGCUGGAUGCAUGGAUGCCUUUCAGAAUGUGUACGUCGGGGUGUCGGGCCUAG